GCCCGUUCCAUGCCGUUCUUCACUUCAUUCAUAACUCCGGCUUGUUCAUUCAAUUACGUUGCGUCUAAAGCACGCCGUGCACCUGUCGUGUUCUCUACCUGCCACCCCGGGGCCGACCAGAAACGUCACAGCCUUCGGCCCGCUCGGUACCAUUGCUCGGUGGUACUCGCGAGUGACCAACCCAUGUGCUGAUCCACCCCUGCCUCUAUCAUGGACAUCUUCUAUGUGAAAGUGACAUUGUUUUUGGCCGCCCUCCUCAGUCUAUGGAGAGCCUCGCAGGCUGUGUGCUACUUCCCGCAACAGUUCCAAGGGGAAUUCGUCAUGCAAACGACGACGAAUCUGGGCACAGGCGUGCAAUACACCACUGUCAAUGUCACCUCCACGUCCAUUCCCAUUUGGGGCACCUGCCAUCGGCGCAAAGGCAACAACAAUUUCAUACUCAUGCUCAACUACAGGGAAACAAGUUGUAUUCGUUGUUUACACCUGAAAUUAAGAUCCGCCAACGUUUUACAAGUGUUUAUACUAAAUCAGGAAAUCAUUUCGAAAUGCUACACGAAUGAAAAGUUAGCGGAAGAGAAUUGUCCUUCCGAGGAAUCUUUAGCGAAUCGUGAAGCAGCGGAAAUAUUGCUAUUCAAAAGGAAUGGCUAUUACACACGGAAAGAAUAUUGUCCGAUUGAUGGUAAAUACUCCAUCACGUACAAAAACAAUAAUCCCGAGCAAUCCAACGAGUGUACCGGGAAUGACUCGAGCAUGGAUUCGUGUCCCUCGGGGUCUAUACUGAAUUUUCGCCUGAGAGGUUGCACGGCCACCCCCAAUACCUUCGACUUACGAUUCGAGUGCAUGGCAAGUUGGAAGGGUCCGAAUAACGAGAACUAUCUCAUUUUUUCCGAUAAUAACAGACAGCUCAAUGGGCAAAAGCCGAAAUAUCGAUGCGCUCUGUACCACCACGAGUACCGCACCGACGAGAUCCAAAUGGCGCUAAGCCGCGAUUCCACUUGUACCACGGACUUGAUUAAUUCCACCCACGGUUUCGAAACAUUUCUACUGACACCUCGGGCGGAGAAUCUUUGGCCGGCGGAAGCGUCCUUCGGAACGUGUAGUUUCCCAAAAUGGAUGCACGGAACAUGGGAACACGUUCGAGUCGACGAUGAUACCAUGAUCUACAAGGACCACUCCUCAUUUAAAACUUAUACCAUCAAGUGCGUUGGCGUUCAGGAAGAUGAGAAUAAAUACUUGGUCUUCAGUAGGACGCAAUGCGACGAAGAGCGGUACAACUGCAUGCGUAUUGUGGAGAGGAGCGACAAUAUACUAGAAUUUCAAUUAGGUUCGAAUGCUAGUACUACCAAAGACGUGUUCGUAUUGUGUUCAGACGAUAAUUUCCAAGAUGAUUCGUGGAUUACUCAAGGGCGAACUGACGCGUUGGAUACGGUGCCCACGGGGAGAUGUCCAAUUUCAGGAGAAUACGUCGGCGUGAUUCCGGACGGGGAAGACUUAUGUGCCAAAUUGUGGUCGGACUGCGAUACUUCCGAACUGAUGUACUAUCAAGUGUCUCAUUGCAAGACGAACGAAAUAUACGAGGAGCGAGAGUAUAAGUGUUUAGGGCACUGGCGGGAGUCGGACUUUUUAUAUACCUACACACAAAGGCGUGAUGUGGCUGCUGGGACGUACGAGUGCUUCGUCGGUGUGAAAAUGUCAAAUAGAGAAAUUUAUAUAAAGGAAGCGGGAGAACAUUGCCAAAGACAUAUAGAUCCUCUGCAUUACGGAAUGCAGUUGAAUAAAACUAGUUUAUAUACAUGUAAUUAUACGACGCCGCGGAAUCCUCCAGGUCUUAGAACUUCUACCAAGAUCCCAAGACCAACCAGCGCGUUACCGACUGUCAAAUCCACGACGAAAGUGUGGAAUUUUGAUACGGCAGGGGCAGAGACAAAGAAUAAUGACAAUGCAAGUUCAGCUACGAUUGUUAAAUCGACGUACUUACUGUGUAUAAUUGUAUAUAUACUUAGAUAUUUGUGAGAAAACGAAACCGAGAGACUUAACGUGUAUUUAUUAGAUUCGUAAACUAGAUACAUACAAGUUUUUUCUUGCCAAAAUACUUAAGAACUGUUGAAUCGACAACCACUUUUUAUACAUAAUUUAUUUUAUGACUUUACUUGCUCUGGGAGCAUCUGCGCCUUUAUUAGUGAUCAUUAUACACUAUUGUGAUGUAAAUUAUUUAUAU